AUGACAAUAAACAUCUACGGAAACAAUGUUAAAAGUAUUUCCUGGUUCAAUUAUGUCACCACAAUCAUCGCAGGAGCGUGCUAUUUCUACGUUUACAUGUUUUCCCCAUGGUGGUUAGUGUUCAACCGGUAUUCGAUAACUGAGAACUUCAUUGAGAUGGCUAAUGCAAUAACACUAACUACGUCCGGUGUCACGUCCCUAACAAAAUUUAUCUUUAUGAAAUUUUAUAUAAGUCACAUUAGAGAAACUAUUGAAAAAAUUCUACAAUUCGAUGUACUGAUAACACCAGGAAGUAGAUUUGCGAUAAACUUGCAAAACAACCUAAAGGUUGUCAAGAAACGAGCCUUUAUUGUUUGGAUAUUUCUAAUAACCAAUGGUACAAUAUACGCCGUGACACCCUUUUUAAAGCCUGGAAGGAAUUUUGCAGAAGAUCCAUAUAUACUUUAUGGUUUAGAACCGAUGCUGAAAUCGCCGAACUAUGAAAUAGCUCAUGUCGUGACCACAAUAGCUAUAUUCUUUUGCGUACACUUAAUGGUAAAUGGAACCAUAUAUGUUAUAGUGAUUGUUGGUUACAUUCAAGCUCAGAUAUUUGCAAUCAGUAUCGAAGUAACAAACCUUUGGGAAGAUGCUCAAUAUUUUUACAAUAACAUCAAGCAAAAUUGGGAUAUACACGAUAGAGAAUUCGAAUUAGAUAUAAAAGAAAAAAUUGUAAACGAGUAUCUAAGAAUUCGGCUUAGAACUAUUGUACAUUAUCACAUUACAAAUAUUAGUAUUUUUCAAGAAAUAAAUAAAGAACUUUGUCAUAUCCUGGCCAUUGAAUACAUAAUAAAGUCUGUUGCUAUAAUAGCACAACUACUCGCAGGUUUGGAAAAUACCUAUAUGCAAGCGAUAUUCAACAUCGUUUUAAUAUAUAUAGACUGCCUUACUGGACAAAAGUUGAUAGACGCUUGCAAUGAAUUUGAAGAAGCUUUAUACAGUUGUGAAUGGAAAAACUUCAAUGUUACAAAUCAAAAAACGAUUCUAUUGAUGCUCUUAAUUUCACAAAAAUCUCUCAGUUUAUCAGCUGGUGGUAUAGCGGAUUUAAAUUUUUAUUUCCUGAUGGUAGUAUUGAAAUCUAUAUAUUCAUCAUACACGACCUUGAACUCUUGUAUUCAGCAUUAA